CAUAGUCCCGGUUGACUAAUGACUUGGUCAAAGAUACCCAUCCGUGACGCCUUGCACCGACCAUGCACGACAGCCGAUCAUGCCAAUGGCUGAGCUCGGGCGACACGAACCGGUACAACAACGACAGCAGAGAUAGGACUUGAUAGAACCGUCUUCACCCAUCUAUCAUGAUGACUUCCUUUGCCAGAAAGUGGGUUUUACUUGGUGGCAUAUGGCUCCUCGUUCUUCUGUUGUGCCCUCAAAUCUCUCAUGGGUUCACCACUGGCCUCCAAAGCUUCAGGGUGCAGAAGUCACUGUCACGAGAAGUAGGGGACGGCCGAUGGGUGCUUCUGAACAACAGUGCCAAUGAUGGCGAUGAUGAUGACACUUCAACCGAGUCAUCGCGAAGAACGUUUCUGUUUCAACAACAAGGAAUCAUGACAACAGCAAUGGUAGCCGCCGGCCUAGUAGGAGCGCCAUCCGUGGCAAACGCCGAUCCCUCUCUGAUUUCAUCUCUUCAAGGACCCUUGCAGGAUGCCAUUGCUCCUGGACACUGGAUUGGCCAAUUUUUGGGCAUCAACUCUCGCCAAGUCACCUGGGAAUUCAGUAACGCAUCUCCAGCCCUUGUCAGUCAAGCCUUGGUGGAUGUUUUGAACGAGUUGUCACCGCAAGAUCGAGCCAAGCUGUUCCUCCCAGAGUUUUCCAUUUCCAGAGCGGAUUCCAGCAAGGUUCAUGUCAUUACGUGGACCAAAAAUGAAUGGUUGGAUUCUCUGGAUGUUUCCUUCUUGCAGCAACAAUCUACUACUACCAGUUGCAUUGCCAAGGCCAGCUUUUAUGCCACGGGAUUCCUGCCCACGUCGAUUCCGGGAGCUCCUCUCUUUAAUAUUGGGUUUGCGUGGUUUCCCUUUGCGUCUCCUGGUCCCAGAGGACAAAUGCUACAAGACUAUCGACUCAAGAAUCUGGAAAGAUUAGUCAGACAGAAACUAGCUAGCUAGUACAGCCUGAGGGAGAACAGUUUCAAUAGAAGGGUGGUUUACAUACAUCAUGUUAGCAACCAGCUAGAUACCUCCCGCACGGCGUGGUCACUCAGCUUGAGACUCGGAUUGUCAAUUCCUUCACUGGCGAGAUGGUCUUGAGCAUAUCGAAUAAUGCGGAGGUGGUGCUCUGUUGAGCCCUCCCUUGUAUUGAGAAAGCCAUGGCAAAUGCAUUGUGAUAGAUCCGAAUCCGACGGAAACUCUAACUUGAGUCUCACGACCAAAGAGGGGCUUCCGGUAGAGGGGGGAUAGCUACGUAGUUACGGUUGAUGAUUCCUUGCGCAUAGUUCGCUUCUACCCUCUAUGUGAAAGUCGCUGCCUGCGCCGUGUACGAUGGGAUCCUGAGGAUGGCUUUGCAUGAUUCAGCAAGACUGGGGCCCCAAGGCAGACCCGUACCUUGUCACCUCGCUAACCGCUGGUGUUGGGUAGCAAGAGCGAGGUUGCACAUGGUCAUGUCUUUGAGGUUUUCAGAGAGUGGCGGUCCUCCUGAUUUCAGUGGCGACGAUGAAGGCCAUAGCGACUAACAGAUCCCUAUGAAAACAGGGCAGCCGUUGCGCUGUCGCAUCAAAGAUCUGACCAUAAGGUCAAGGUGGCCUAGGAAGACAGGUUAGCUCAUAUGGGCUGCUGCAACUGGUUAGUGUGAAUGGAUCGGCCCUGAGAUUGCGGUGCCUCAAGCAACAGCUCUUGAAGGUUUGAUAGCACAAGUUGGAGAACAAGGAGAAACGUAAAUGUUUAGCACAAUUGUGAAGGCUGGUUGGUAGUGAUAUCCUAAGUGGAUGGGGCCUCACGUCGUUAUAAAGUAAAAGAAACAACAGGAAAGCUACUGC